AUGGCGGAUUCCAUUCUUUGUCCUGUUUGCUCGACUACAGUGGAGACUGUGGAACAUAUUUUUGCUAAUUGCUCAGAGUUGAUUGUUCUUUGGACUCAUAUUGCGAUCUGGUGGGGUGUUAGAUGUCCUUCUCAGUUGACUGUGGAUUCGCUUUUCAAUUGGGCUGAUUCUAGUGUCAUUUUGACUACUUUUUGGUGCAUAUGGAAUUUCAGGAACGUUGUGAUUUUCAGAGCGAAUACGCCUAAGAAAUCUUUGAUUUUCGAUGAUGUUGUUCAUAAAUCUUAUGUUUGGAUUUCUAGUAGGUGUAGUAAAGCCAAGAUUAGUUGGUCUUCUUGGCUUCAUAAUCCUGUUAAUGCUACUAAGAUUAUGUAA